AACACAAAGCACCCAUGUAGAGAUGUAAAGUGUGGUUGUUCGUUAUCUAUCGAAUUGAAAGGCGUCUUUGUUGGCUUAGUACUAAAAAGACAUCAUUCAUAUUUCGUAUGUAAGAGUAGGUUAUUUAAUCCAUAGCCGAAGUAUGUGCAAAGCUCAUAGCGGUUUAGCAGGUUCUUGUUGUUUCUCUCGCUAGCGUUAGCUGGCACUAGCCUACUAAACCUAGUACAUACGUACUUGGAAUAAGCUGUGGCAGGAUGCACCUCGGUGUCCUGGUACUGUCCUCUCUGUUAAUGACUGUUACCGGACAGCAAGUGGAUGACGACUGGAUAGACCCUUAUGAUAUGCUCAACUAUGAUACCAAUACCAAAACCAUGCGGAAGUUUGCAGAGCCAAACAACUAUCCCAAUGUGCCAACCAAAAGAAGAGAAUACACCGGAGACUCCAGCCAAGCGGAGCUGACCACAUGUAAGAAACAUGCAGAGGAGUUACAGAAACAGAAUGAAGAACAACAAAAGACGAUUUCUACCAUGUCAAAGCAGCCCUCAUGCAAUCCAGUGUUCAAGAGAUUCCUUACCAGACUUCUGAAGGAAAUGGAGAGAGUUGGUUUGCCGAGUGACUCUGCUGAUGCCCUCUAUGAUGCUAAAAUCAGAGUGUCCAAACAAACCUUGACAGAGCUUCGGACUGUUCUUGAGGGCAAGGAAAGUGGGAGAAUAGGGCCUCUGGAUAACGCUGUUAGUCAGAUACUGAUAGAUCUGCGGCAACACGACUUUGAGGCCUGGAAGUGGCGUUUUGAAGACACUUUUGGUGUUGAGAUUGACACUGUAUUAAAGAUGGGACUGUGUGUCCUGGUCAUAGUGGCCAUCAUCUGCACUCAGCUGUGGUCAACGGUCUCCUGGUUUGUACAGUUCAGUCGGCUGUUUGCAGUGUGUUUCUGCAUCAGUAUUAUCUGGAACUGGCUCUAUCUGUACAAGAUUGCCUUUGCUGAGCACCAGAACAACAUAGUGAAAAUGGACAGUGUGAAUGCAAAGUGCACCGGAGUGAAGAGAAUUGACUGGAGUGACAGUUUGAAAGAGUGGUUCAGAAGCACCUGGACUCUUCAGGAUGACCCUUGUAAGCAAUACUAUGAGGUCCUCAUGGUAAACCCUAUUCUGCUGGUACCUCCAACCAAGGCGAUCUCCGUUACUAUCACCACAUUCAUCACGGAGCCACUGAAGCACAUUGGCCAAGGGAUCAGUGAGUUUCUUCGAGCUCUCCUUAAAGACCUACCAGUUCAGCUGCAGAUCCCCGUCCUUCUCACCAUUGUGCUCUCCAUUCUGGUUGUCAUGUAUGGAGGUGUGAAUGCAGCCUUUCAACAUGGAAUCACUGCACCUUUUCGCAGACGUAGAAGGGACCCACCCCCUCCAGCACUGGAUCAACGGCGGCCUCAACCCAGGAGGAUUGAAGGCCGUCGUGACUCAGCAGGGGGCGAUGCACCACGAAACGGCCAAAGACAUCAAGAUGGCGAGGACAGAUUUAACAGGGACCAGGUUCGUCAGAGGCGAGCCGUCAGAGGCCGAGAGCAGCCGGGCAGGAUGUUUGUGGAGACCCUGCGUAAUGCUGAUGAUCUUUACAGGGAUGAGAGGGACGGCGAACAUUAUGACGAGAGUCCUGAGGCUGAGCACUCGGAGAAUCCGUCUGCCUCCGAGUCUGAUUCUGAAAACAAGCAGGAAACACCAGAGCAGCCAGAAGGACACGGUGCUGUCAGCGCAGCGACGCAACGCACUGCAUCAGAUUCGUUGCAGUUAAAAACCAAACCUGUGGAAGGGAACAAAAGCCCUUCAGAAGAUGAACUAAGCAGAGAAGGUGCAGCAGCCAGAAGACAGCCAAAUAACAGAGGAGCUCCAGUGGCAGCACCAAACCAGCCGUCAGCAAUGGAAACAGAGCAGGAUGUUCAGCACUGCUCAUGCACUAAUGGGAUGAUGAAUUUUUACAUACGACACAAAUUGGAUCCAGAUGGUUCAGCUGAAGACAGGACCUCUGUUAUGUCUAUUGAAACUGUGGGAGUUCCUGUUCAGGAGACGACUCCAGAAGCAGCACAGUAGCCAGCACUGCGAUCAUCAGUGUUUGGUACUGGCCUUUGGUUGGACUUAGUAGAUGAUAUGGCCAAAGAAGGUGAAUUAUCACAGUCAGUAUUGACUACAUAUGCCCAGCUGCUGUCCUCUGAAACGCCGUUCUGAUGAAUGGGGAAAGGGGUGACAGAAAAAGGCAUAGCUCAGUAUCUGGGUAUUACAGUGUAUGUUUCCUACCAGCAGAAAACUGGUCUGUGUAAUAUGGGGGUAACAGUGUUUAUGCUAUUUUUAAUAUGGGCGGUUUUGAUUAAUAAUGGAUGUUUAUGUAGAGGAUUUGUGAAAUGCUGGAAACUGAGUGUUGGUUUUCUUAAGCAUCAGUACUUAAAUUUUUUAUUCUUUUGAGAAUGAAGCAACAGCUGAAACGAAGAUGGAAAUGACUAAUUAAACUGUAAAUGGGAACAGCAGAAAUAGAUGUUGAUCUUCACAGUCAAAGAAUGACCAACACUAAUAGUUGUCCUGAAAGAGUAUUUUUAACAAAAGCACAAGAAAAUACAAAUCCGACAAUGCAAUCACGUUAGUUUUGAAUCCAUAGACAAGCAUGUCCUUAAUCUGCUGUUCCCAUCACCUCCAUGAUACUUCAGAAUUCAGUUGUUUUGUUUUUUUGCCAGUGAUGGAAAUAUUUGUUAACUGUCUCAUAUCACUGACCACCUUGUUUAAUUCUUAACUACAGGUAUUCCUCAGGUGUCGAUGUAAAAAGUAAAAGGGUUUUCUACCGUGUUGGCUGAAACUGGUGCAACAGGUCUGAUGAUCACAUGUCAGUGUUGACUUUAGUCUGUUUCUGUUUUUCUAAAGUGGCCAAAAAAGUGAACACUGCUGUUGUAAAUGGUUUUCUGGAUUGUUUUAAACUAGAUUUACAGCUUAUUAUGUGCUAUCACGCUUCAGCUGUGACCACUGAAGGUCAAUUGUAUUUGAUAUCUGGGAUUUAAUUUUCACCAUAUGGUAAUAAUUAAUCUUUAUAAAUAAAUACAUUUUGUACUUAAGUUGUUGUUGACCCUGCAUGAAUACUCACCUUUAAGUGAAGCAGGCUCUGCAAUAGGAUGUUAUUUUGAAGCUCUGUUUCCUGAUUUUUGCACUAACCAAAGAUCGACAAGGUGCAGUUGUAAACAAACUUUUUUUUAAGAUGAGGCAAACAAUGGCUGUGGUUACAUGGACAAAAAUUCUACAUUCAGGAUGAAAUAAUUCUUAUAAGAAAUUCCAACUUGAACUAUUUUCAUCUAUUGUGGAAGUAUAACAGGAACAGUUUUAAAGAUUUUCAUAAUGAAGAU